AUUUAUCACCCAGCUUUAAACACUUGUACUGUACUUUUUAUAUGGAUGUGCAUAUUGAAGGGGCCCAUCAGUGUAGCCCAGCACAUUUUCAAUUAGGUCAAAAUUUGCAAACUAAACAAAAUUGACCCAAAAGUCAAAAUUGCAAUUACGUUCCCUUUUCGUGUAUUUUUUUUCUUAUCACGAGAACGACGAAGCCUUCGCCUUCACCCGACGACGCCUCCGCCUCCGCCUCCGGUCUUCAGUCGACGACACAGACGAAGUCUCCUACUCCGGCCAACAGCCGCUUCUGCCUCCUCCUUCUUUCACGUUGUUUACAGGUCUGAGGUUAUACAUUGGAAAUUUACCAUUACAUAUGGAUGAGGUACUAGUGCAAAGAACCAAGAGCAGGAGGAUCCGUAUGGUAGAAAGAAAAACCAGAAAAAUAAGUGUUGAUAAACCCAAAACGAAACAUCUUGAAGCAAGGCAUACAAUGGACCGUAAAGAAAAGAAAAAGAGAAGUGUGACAUUGAUCAGAGAUCAUUCCAAAGAAUAUCUAUCAAAUUUAACAGUUGAGUUUGAUCAAUUCGGUAGAGCUAUUGGACCUAACCGCUUUAAGUUCACCAGUUAUCGUGGAGUGACUACGAGGAAGAUGAUUUCUAUCCUUAUAGAUAGUUGGGAUUUAGUGGAUCAAUGUGACAAGGAUCAAUUGUGGUUGAACAUAAAGAAUUAUUGGCAUAUACGAGAUGAUAAUCAUAAAGCACAAGUACUUAGAGAUUGCAACACGCAAUGGAAGGCCUACAAGUCGGCGCUUCUUAAGUUGUGGGAAAAAGGUGUCAAUCCAGUAAAAGAAUACCCGUACCUUGACAAAGCAAUGUGGAAAAAGUUUAUUGUUCUAAAAUCCACGGAAGAAUUUGAGGAAUUAAGAAGAAAAGGAAGGGAGGCAGCAAAUAAAAACAAGAACCAUCCUCGGUUGGGCCCAAGCGGGUAUCGUGGUAAUGAAAGCAAAUGGGAUGAAGAGGCAACAUCUGGUGUAACAAUAAAAGGCCACAAUAUAUCAAGCAAGCGGGCAAGGAAUUUUCUCUAUGCCAGGAGAAAACGCAAUGCAUCGGGGCAGUUGGUUAUAACGCCAGAGACCGAACCUCUAGCAGAUAAGAUUAUCCAAAAAGAUAUUCUGAUAUCUCAAGGAGUGUUGGAGCUUGGACCUCGAUCUGAUCUACUGGCGGAGGUACUAGGACGGGAACAUUCCGGUCGCACGAGGGCAGUUGGUCAUAAUAUCGGAUUAAAGCAAUCAAUGAUUUAUAAAAGAAAAAAGAAAGAACAUGAGUUACCCGAUGUUGAACAGAUGCAAGAAAAGCUAGAGACGAGGAUGUUGAAUAGCAACUUUUAUGACAAGAUCAAAGAUAGGUUAAUGACUGAGAUGUCGGAACAAUUAGUACCGAUAGUGGUUGCUGCGUUGAAGAAAGAUAAGACAAUUGAUAUGGCGGAAGACACAAAUUUUUCUCGGGUGAAGACGACAAGUGUUGGAUCGAAGACAUCCACGACAUUGUUGGAUGAUUUGCAUAAGAUAACGGAAGCCACCGACUGUGAGUUGAUGCUACCAUAUGGCACAGUACGCCCAUCAUUAGCCAAAGGAACCGUCUUCCCUUUCGGAGAUGGUGUAAUUCAUUCGGUUCCUCUAGAAGCAGGGCACUUGAGGGUAUCAGUUGAUAUUAUCUAUGGAGAUCAUCAUUCUUUCCUUCUUCCAAUCUCGCCAAUUGAAGGUGUAUAUAAUCUAGGGCAGGCACUUCAUAGUUUUAUUCAAUGGCCUCGAGAUUCAAUUACUCUUAUUAAGAAAGAUAAAAGACCUCUCAUUGAACCAUUAUCAAUGUCGACCCAAGCUGCUCCUAUUCUUCAUGACCAGGAAAAAGAGAAAGAAAACGUGAAUGUUGAAGAAGCUAAAGAGCAGAAGAAGAAAGCAAAGAAAAAGCAAGAGUAUGAGAAAAAUCUUCCUAGAAAGAAAAGAAGGAAACUGGAAGCAUCUAAAGAGAUGAUGGGGGAUGAAGCAGAAAAUAGGGUACAAAAGGAAAAGUUAUACAAAACGAUGCAAGAACCCAUGAUGCCAAAGAAACUGUUUAAGAGCCACAACAUUCCGGAGUCGUUUCCUAUUGUGUCUGAACCCGGGAUCUUCAACGCUGCGAGUGUUGAAACCGUGAUUAGCUCAGUGGCCAUUAUGGAGAUGUUGAACAAAGAACAACUUGAUAUUAGUUGUAUUCUCUGGUAUCAAAUAAUGCUACAUUCACUCAUGCUUGUAUCAAGAAUGGAUAACAAAUGUGGUUUUAUAAACCCACAAUGUAUCACGUCUACGAGAUGUGAAUACGAUGAUAGGGGUGAAACAGAUCAUGUCAUCAAUGAUCUUGUUGAUAUGAUGAAUUUUCAUGAGGAAAAACAAUUUUUUCUUGCACCAUAUUGGGAAAGGAGACAUUGGAUGUUGAUAGUGAUUUGUCCUCAUCAAUAUAAAAGCUACAUUUUGGAUUCUGCAAGACAGACAAAGACAUUGAAAGACUACACAAUAGUUGAACAUGUGAAUAAGGCUGUUACAAGGUUUAAAAAAACAAAAACCAACAAAUCACGUUUGUGUCCAAUGACUUGGAUUUUCCCCAAGUGUAAUCAACAAUUGUCCGAUUGGGAGUGUGGUUACUACGUUAUGAACUGGAUGCAUGAGUUUGUACUUUUUCGACAACAUGGAUUUCCGAAAAACAUUUGGAAGGACAAAAAACCAUUUUCUAGUGAGGAAUUGGAGGAACGUGUUAAAACAUGGAUGAGAACUUUUGGUGAUAAAGUGAAGCCUUUUUGUAAGGCAUACAAUGAAUCAACCACAAAGGGGAAAGAGAGGUUAGAGGUGACAAAGGGGAAAGAGAGGUUAGAGAUGUGACAUUAACAAAGUUUUUUCUGUUUAAUGAACUAAGUUCAUUGUAAUUUUUUUUCUAUUUCUGAAAAUGAAAACAUGAUCACUGAUGUCCCACUUCUUAUGGUUGGAAUGGAAUCAUAUAGUAGGUUUGUAUUUUGUAGAGAUUGAUCCAUGUGUUCCAGAGCAUCCAUGGACUGUAAUUGACUGUUUGGAGUGGAAUUGGAAUGGAAUUGGUGUAUUAGAUGUGAGACAUCAAGUACGGUUGUUUAUUGGUGUAUUAGAUGUGUAUAUAUGGCGUAUUAGAUGAUUGUAUGCAUGCGAUGGUUGUAAACUAGAUAGGAUAAUAUAAUACGGUCAAAUAGCCGUACUCUAUUAUGCAUGUAAUCUAAUACACCCCUCUACUAAUACGCCCUCUAUGUACGUAUUAUAUUCACAAUUUCAACCGUACUCUAUUAACCUUUUUCUAAUAGUGGAAAACCGCUCCUUGGCCACGACAAACCACCUCAAGACAAGAACCAUCUGGUCGAACCCUGACUCGGCCAGCUAAGGGAUAGUAAGGGACCAGAGCUCGACCCAACGCGGCCUUGACACGAGCGGUGAUGUCAUCUCUAUCCAUCCCAUUGAACCGCAGAGGGCGGUAGAUCAGCAGGUACUCAAUUGUGAAACGUAGAAAGAGCUGAGAAUCGACAGCAGAAAGCUUGAGAAGAUGAUUAGCAGUCGGAUCUGAAGGAUUGAUUAAGACUGCUUCUUUCACUUGUACCUCAGGGGCUGAUCUUGCCGUGGCGGUCAUGGCGAAGGUGUAUGAAGACUAAACACUCCUAUAUGCACAUAGAUACAUGCAUGUAUAUAUAUGUAUAUGUGUAUAUGUAAUG